GUCAGGAGGCAAAGUGUCGUUCAAGGUCACGCUGACGUCAGACCCGAAGCUCCCUUAUAAAGUCUUCAACGUGCCAGAGGAGGCGCCCUUCACAGCGGUGCUCAAGUUCGCUGCGGAGGAGUUCAAAGUGCCGCCACAGACCAGCGCCAUCAUCACCAACGAUGGAGUGGGCAUUAACCCUCAACAGAGUGCUGGCAACGUGUUCUUGAAGCAUGGUUCUGAUCUUCGCCUAAUUCCACGUGACCGCGUUGGUGGUUGCACCUACUGCUGA